AUGGCCCGCAAACGCACCAAGCCCUCCGCAAAAGAGCCGGAGCUCUUCCCGUCGACCACCUCCUUCGUAACGCCCGAAGGCGUGACCAUCUCCGAAAUCCCCUUACGCACACCCACCUUCGGCUCCAAACCCAACGGACAAACGCUCCUCGACCUGAUCGACUUGAAGCGACCUCGGGACGCGGCGGGGAACCCGAUCGGCGCCAGCCAUGCCGCCGAGACGGAGGAGAUCGAGGUCUUCGGCCAUGCCGCGAACACGUUCUUUUUUGCCGUGCCCCUGUUGAUACUGCUCUUUUGGCUCGAUGUAUUGGUUCAUCUGCAGUAUAAGCAGGAUAAGGACUGGUCAGAGGUGGCGUGGAGAUGCGCGAAGGCGUUUCCGGCUAUCUACGCGAUCCACUACUUCUUCCACCCGCGCCGGACAUGGAUCUCGGUGCGCCUGUUCCUGCUCGCGCUGAGUAUCGCGGCCGGAUGCUACGUCGUCACGGCCGUAAACAGGUACGGCUACUACUUUGUCAUGAAGAAGACGCCGCCCCUAGGCACGCUGUGGAUCUGGGCGGUCAUUGAGUUGGAUAUUCUCGGUGCGCUGGCGAGUCUGCUGGGCGUUUGGACGUAUGCGUGGUAUUACGGGUAUCCGCUCUGGUAG